AUGAAGCUGCUACCAUCUCUAUUAAUGCUCCUACCCAUUGUCCAGGAGACAAUGGGUAUACCCUUCCCAACACCUGGGCCCCACGUGAUCCCCCCUGGGGCGAUCCGUAUUUCGCGCCGCAAGGCGACCAGCAGCUGUGUGCCUCGACCCGGAAACAGCACGCUGCCGGGCAACAACACUCUGCCCGACCUCGACCAAAGUCACAACCACAAGUUCAACGACACCGACACCGACAAGGACGGUGACAAAGACAACGGUGACAAGGACCGCCCGAACAAGUGCAAGAAUCGCAAGAAGAACCGCAAGGGUCGCAAGAAGUGGGAUCACGACUAUUGGACCGACCCGGAGGAUGAUGACGACGACGACGAGGAUUGCUACGACGAUGGGCAGUGGGACGGCGACAAUGGCGAUUGGGACGAUGAUAAGGACGACAAUGGAGACAAGGACGGCGAUAAGGACAAGGACAAUGGUCACAAUGGUGCUGGUAACCAGGAUGGCUCCGACAACCACAACGGUGGCAACGCCACGGACUCUGGUGGUAACAACGGCCAGUGGAACGGCACCGAGCACGGCGGUAACAACGGCCAGUGGAACGAAACCGACCCCGGUGGCAACAACGGCCAGUGGAACCAGACGGACCCCGGUGGCAACAACGGCCAGUGGAACGAGACCGAGCACGGCGGUAACAACGGCCAGUGGAACGAGACCGAACAUGGCGGUAACAACGGCCAGUGGAAUCAGACGGACCACGGCGGCAAUAAUGGCCAGUGGAACGAAACCGAGCACGGCGGCAACAACGGCCAGUGGAACAACACCGAUCACGGCGGCCAAGACAACAACAACCACGGCACCGGCGACGGUGAUGGCGACGGCGACGAGGACCAGGACGGCGACGGCGACAAGGACAACAACCAGGGCAACAACAGCGGCAACGGCAACAACCAGGGCAGCCACAACAACGGCACCGGGUCCACCGCCUGGGUAGACCCGUACAACCCCUCGGACUGGGUGCCGGACGACGUGCGGCACAUCAACGACGAGAUCCCGGCCGCCUACAACCAAGCGCUUCGCUACGUGCCCCGCCAGAACGACUACGCGAGUUCGGGCCCUGACUGGCUCAAGCUGGCCAAGCCAAACGCGCUCGGCACGUAUGCGUCGCUGAACACGCGCCGCGGCGGGCAGGCGACGUUCUACUCUCUCGCCAAUCCCGACGAGAACCACGGGUACGACAAGACGGCGUGCGGCAUCGACAAUCCGCCCGACACGUACCCGCUCGUUGCGCUGCCGAUGGUGAACUGGAACGAGCUCUGGUCCGGGGACAGUUGGGACGCGCCGUUCUGCGGCCACCUCGUGCGCGUACGCUAUGGCAAUCGCAGCGCCACGGCGCAGGUGCUCGACGGCUGCGCGCCGUGCGGAUACAACUCGAUCGACAUGAGUCCCGUGCUCUUCUACUACCUGACCGACGGGAAGGAGAAGGGCGACAAGCUCGGCAUCCUGUCCCAGGAAGACGGGUUCAGCUGGGAGUGGCUCGACGACCCCAGCACACAGAAGCAAGAGAUGCCCUCGGACGGAUACAUCUACGACGGCUCCGUGCCCGUCGGCUCUGACUCGGGAUACUAUGACGAGAACGGGAAUGCCCAGGACAUCAACGACGUGUGGGGGGACUGGGACUAG